AUGUCGAAGGAGCUAUGGAGUUGGAGGUAUCUUUCUAAGAAUAAUGUGAAGGGCGGUGGAGGAGAGGAAGUGAGGGUUGAGGAGAGAGAAUUAGAAGUGGAGAACAGAGAGAAGGAGGUUGAGGAUCGGCAGCUGACGGUGGAUAAAAGGAAACUAAAAGUGGAGGAGAGGGAAAUAGGGGUGGAGAUGAGAGAAAAAGAGGUUGAGGACCGGCAGCUGGCGUUAGCACCAGAUCCAGCAAAGUUUGCUCUUGAUGUGAUUCAAAGUUUCUAUGAGCUGCUUGAGUCAGAAAGUGUGUCAAGACAAACUUAUUCACGUAGUUGCAUAGUUCUGUCAGUAGCAUUGCUGGAAAAUGCUACUGUCACACAACGUUUAAAAGAUGACGCGAUGAAGUUCAGUAUCACGUGGAGAGGUCUUUCGGCUAAGAGGGGUUAUACUCAUUUUAUGGAGAUCUAUUCUUUCUUGCUCUUCUUAGCCUCAUAUAAGUUAGGAGAGUUAUAUGAUAAAGAUCAACUACUUUCACUCUUGGGGACCCUUUAUAUUGAAACCGAGGUUCGUCUUCCUGGACAAGACUACCUUUGGUGCCAGAUGUUGGGAUCGAGAAAGGAAAUUCCAGGUCAUAUUCAAUCUCUUAUUAAGAGGGAGGAGCAUAUUACAGCAGUUGCCUUUAUUUGUAUAUUUAGGAUGGAGGAUACUUUUCCACCAGUUCCUCUACUGAAAGCCUGUUUGGAGGGAAUUCAGAAGAGAGCGUGUGAAAUGGUCAAGCAAGGCAGUGAUGCAACAGCUCAGAAUGAUGCUGUCAACAUGGAACUGUCUUCUCUCAAAGGUGUACUUAAAUGCAUUUCCAAGUUCAAGCUUGAAUCCAGCCUUUCACCCACUCCUCUGGAGUUGCGCGUAAAGCAGUUAGAGAAGGAGAAGGAAAGAAACACUGAUGCUGAAAGCACAUUGUCGACUGCAGAAGAUAAUCUUUCAAACUCGGAAAAGAAGGGAGUUUCUCUUCCUGGCAUUGAUCACUCACAUUUGGUGAUUCGGAACAAACAUGCUUUGAACUCCAUGGAGUCCAAAAACAAAGGAAAGCGUCUUAAGGUCGAUGCUAAUUGUGGAGAAUCCUACAAGUGA